UUGGUGGCUGACAGGGAGGCAAAAAAGAAGGAGAACGAAAGGAAGAGAAUGAAUAUAGAUGACGAUGAGAUGAAAGAUGAUGGAAAUGCGGGCCUGUUUGAUGGAGACAAAGAUUCCCUUAACUUUAAUUGGUCUCCCAUGGACACGUUCCGGGGUGAGAGGGAGGUAUUUCUACCUAAGAAAACCGGGCCGAUGAGGCCAUCAAGAAGCUCGUAUGAGGCAUUCCGCCAGUAUUGGGAUGAUGAUAUAAUAUCAUAUAUAACGACUGAAACUAAUCGAUACGCAGCGGAACUGUGUCGCACCUCCGUACUUCGAAGAAAGGUACGAUACCCCAUGAGAUAUUAA